GAGGCACCAUGAUUUGCUACAAAUGAAAGGAGGUGUUCACAGCAGACACAACAGGCUUCGGAUGUCAUAGCUAGCAGAGGACUCCAACCGAAAAAAGGUAACGUUGUCCUUGAACAACAGGAGACGACUCACUGACGGGAGGACAGUAUUAUUCGGAGUGAAAAUACAGAGCAGAAUUCUCUCCCCAGUUAUUUAUAUAUGUCUUUUUCUGAUCUCUCGCAAUUUCUCGGUUUCUAAUUACCUGCAUCCUGUGCCCUCACCUGACACUGGCUUUAUUCCAUCCACCUCCUGUCAGUUCUCCGCAGUCUGAGGACAACGACAGUCACCAGGACAGCAGUAAUCCUCUGCUCUCCCAUUCCUCCCUGAAGGAGCACUGUAAACAGGGAAGGAGCUCAGUCUUUGGUUUGAAGUAUGUCUAAAGGGACUUCGGACUCAUUUGACGAAGCGGACUGCGUCUGUUCUGUUGGGAUGAAGUUAACUUGGGAUAUCAAUGACCCCAAACUGCCACAGGACAUAAAGCAGUUUGACCAGUUCCAAGAGUGGACAGAUGGCUAUGUGCGUUUCAUUUAUUCUGCAGAUGACAAAAACGCACAGCGACACCUAAGCGGCUGGGCCAUGCGAAACACUAAUAACCACAACUGUCAAAUCUUAAAGAAGUCUUGCCUAGGAGUUGUUGUAUGUAACAGGAAUUGUACUUUGCCAGAUGGCAGCAAACUGCAGCUGAGGCCAGCCAUUUGCGACAAGGCGCGUCAGAAGCAACAAAAGAAAGCUUGCCCAAACUGCAACUCUGCUCUUGAACUGAUUCCCUGCCGAGGACACAGUGGAUACCCCGUCACAAACUUUUGGAGACAGGAUUCUAAAGCCAUAUUCUUUCAGGCUAAAGGUGUUCAUGACCAUCCGAGACCAGAAAGUAAAUCUGAAACAGAGGCACGACGCAGUGCUGUCAAACGGCGUAUAACCUCACCACAUUUCUCUCAGAAGAAGAGAAUUAUAGACUCAGAGAUAGGAAGAUAUCAUGACAGCAGUGGUCAUUUCACUGGUUUUCAUCAUUUGCCCUCUGUGGAAGGAACAGACAAAUUUAGUAUAAUGCCAGAACCCAGUUAUCACAUCCCCUCUCAGCAUUACACUCCUUUCCAAAAUACUGAGCCUUAUAGAACUGCAUAUGAAUCUGCUAAUACUCCAAUGGAAACAGUCGCACCAGUUCCAAAAGUUACUAACCCACGACUCUACAUGACUAGACCGCCUUGUGGUUAUGAGUUCACUGUGCCUGGCUAUAUAGGUUCCAGUUCUUACACAAAUUUAUACAAAGAUUCUGGCAAUCUUCAGCCUGAGUUUGAACGUGUGCAUAUGAAUGGAGCACAGCACAACAUGAGUCCUUUAAAUGCCCAUGACAGGAACCUUGAUACCUCCAGCAAACAUCAUGGAUGGAAACCAAUUUUUAGCAAAACUGGAUACGGUGACAGGAAUGACUACAGUCAGAUUCAACCAAAUACUAACCAUCAUUACUACAGUGGAGAGUAUCCCUGCAGAUUUAGUAGCAGCCCCCCUCCAACAACACCAACACUGCAAACUGUCAUUACAACAACUACUAAAGUGUCUUACCAAGCUCUAAAGCCUCCAGUGGUAAAGUAUGGAGACAAUAUUUAUGAUGCUAAAUCUAUUCAGAACUGUGAUAAUUUGAUAGAAGGCUCUCCAGGGACAGCAUACCAAGAGAUAAAACUUCAAGAUGACUGUGGUGUAAUUAAAACAGCUUUGGCUUAUCCACAAGAUCCCAUUCCCGCCAAAUCUGAGAGAGAAGAAGGACUGGAUAAUUAUCGAUAUGGGACAUACACAGCAAACAAUUUCAUUGAUCGUGUAGGACACUCCUAUAGAUAUGAAAACUGUGAAUAUUAACAUACACAGGUUGAACAGAAAGCACUUAAAACAGAUAAAAACAUUUGUGCAUGAAAUAACUGACAUUUAAACAGGUAUUCUCCUAUGGUGACUUAUCACUAGGGUAUUCACUAUGGCUAAGGCAAGAAAUUCCUUGAAGUCAUUUUAACUGUUCUGUGGUUCCCAUAAACUUGACUACAUGUAUGGUAGUGGAAGGAUGUAUUUGCUUGUUAAGUCUGCCCAUGAGUGUUAAUAGCUCCCAGUCAAGUCAUAUUAUCUCAUUUUACUUCCAUGUUACUUAUUUUCAUCUUUGUAGUCCCAUAUGACCUGGUUCUGAGAAACAUACAUCAAUUAUAAUAAUUAUUACAUGGUACCACUUUUACAUAAUGCCAUUAAUGGAGUUUAUUAAGAAGCAAACAUUAUUUAAAUAUUGAAGGUGAGACGGAGACAAAAAGAAAUGCUGGGGAGGGGGGAGAGGUAGAGAGAAUAAAUGACCUAGACAAUGUUAAGUAAUAUACAUUAAAUUACUUUUCCACAGCAUGUUACAACGCUGCAUUGCAUUGUGUUGCAUUUGAAAUAUAUUUCAUCCCAUUCUAAAAAAUGGUCACAGUUUCCAGUCUUAAGUAAUAUUUUUCAUGUAUAUACAACUUAUGUUAUGUCUCACGUAGAGUGGAGUGUUUUAUGGCAGCUUUGUACAAAAUGUUUUGUAUCAAGUAAAGCAGAAUUUGAUAAA